AUGCUUGCCAGAACAUACGCCAAACCCACGGGCAGCCCUCAAACAGCAGGUGAAGCCAGCGCCACCGAGCCGGCCAAGAAAAACACGGAUCUUGCCACCACGCACUUCGGGUUCCGGACCGUGAACAAGGAGGACAAGGAGAAAAUGGUGCGCGGCGUUUUCUCGUCCGUGGCGUCCAAAUACGACGUGAUGAAUGAUGCCAUGUCCUUCGGUGUGCACAGACUUUGGAAGCACCACUUCAUCAACAGAUUGGAUGCCGGCAUGCGGGCCAGCUCCUCGAAGCCCUUGGACUUUCUCGACGUUGCCGGCGGUACCGGGGAUAUCGCGUUUGGUCUCUUGGAGCACGCCGAGCAGAAGUUUGGCGACACCAAAUCUACCAUGACUGUGGCCGACAUCAACCCCGACAUGUUGGCCGAGGGCCGGGUGCGGUACGAGAAGUCGAAAUGGAACGACGGCUCCAACAGAGUCAGCUUCCUCGAGCAGAACGGUGAAACCAUGGAAUCGAUUCCCGACGAGUCCAAGGACGUGUAUACGAUUGCUUUUGGUAUCCGUAACUUCACCAACAUCCAAGCCGGCUUGAACACUGCCUACCGUGUGUUGAAGCCCGGCGGAAUCUUUGCGUGCCUCGAGUUCUCCCACGUGGAAAACCCCGUGGUCGACUAUGUUUACCAGGCCUAUUCUUUUGGUGCAUUGCCGUUGAUGGGCCAGUUGAUUGCUGACGACAGAGACUCGUACCAGUACUUGGUCGAGAGUAUCCAGAGAUUCCCCAAGCAGGAGGCGUUCCGCGGCAUGAUCGAAAAGGCUGGUUUCUACGUGCCCGAGCAGGGCUACGAGAACUUGACUUUUGGCGUGGCCAGUAUCCAUAUUGGUGUCAAGCUUUAG